AUGGCGUUUCAGGAAAAGGGAAACAGGUUUAAAAGGCAGCCAGAGAAGAAUUCCUCUGCUUCAAACAAUGGAAGAACUCCAGGUGCUGUCAAAUUCUCUAAAGAUACGGAAAGGCUUCAACAUGUUAAUAGCAUACGCAAAGCCCCCGUAGGGGCUCAGAUGAAGCGUGUUAUUGAUCUUCUUUUUGAGACCAGAAAGGCUUUAACAAUGGAGCAAAUAAAUGAAGCGUGUUACGUGGACAUGAGAGCUAAUAAAGAUGUUUUCGAGAGUAUGAGGAAAAACCCAAAAGUAAAAUAUGAUGGGGAAAGAUUCUCUUACAAGUCGAAGCAUGAUGUUAGGGAUAAAAGUCAGCUGCUUUUCCUGGUACGUAAGUUUCCAGAGGGCAUUGCUGUUGUUGACCUAAAAGAUUCUUACCCAACUGUGAUGGAAGACUUGCAGGCUUUGAAAGCUUCAAGGGAGGUUUGGCUGUUAUCCAACUUUGACUCACAAGAGGACAUUGCCUACCCAAAUGAUCCUAAAGUACCCGUUAAGGUGGAUGAUGACCUAAAACAGCUUUUCCGGGGGAUUGAGUUACCCCGUGAUAUGAUUGACAUAGAGAGGGAUCUACAAAAAAAUGGAAUGAAGCCUGCUACCAACACUGCAAAGAGAAGGAGUGCAGCGCAAAUGGAAGGCAUUUCAACAAAGCCUAAACCUAAGAAGAAGAAGAAUGAAAUCACUAAGAGGACCAAGCUGACCAAUGCCCAUCUUCCGGAGCUUUUUCAGAAUUAA